ACAGUGUAGCGCAUAAUAAUUUACUUCUUUCGGCAAUCGUGGUGCGUAUCGGUUAACUCGAAGAGUUUAUGGAAAUGUAAUAUUUUCCUUGUAUUUGAAAAAAUCAUACCGUAAAACAGAUAGUCGAAAAUAACGAAAACUAAGCGCUAACUAAUUGUACAAAGAAAAAACCAAAGCAAAUCGUCGGUUUCGUAGUGGCAUUUAUCUCUGAGCGCUGAAAGUCCUCUAAUAUAUUUACCGUGAAGUCGGAGUGCGGUGCGGACGUGGAGCUAGCCAAGUGCAAGUGCCAGGAAAAAGUAUUCGAUUUUCAUCAACAUCCACAGCCCAGAGCACAAAGGUCACCGUAGUGCUGUGAUUGAAUGAAAAUAGGGCGGUGGGAAAUCCCGAAACUGCUGCAGAUCCGAGAUGAGUGCAUUUCUUCGAGUUCCGAAGGUGGUGCUUGGUUUGGGCCAGCACUAUCGAUGUGUUGAUUCGAAUGUGCGACAUCGUUUCGUGAGCUACCGUACAAAUCGAACAGGAUUGUAUCAGCAAUGCUAUGGUACGAUUCCAACGAGCAGUAGUAGGAGUGUUGCUGUGUUAGCGGUUUCGCCGACAAACACCACCUUACUGGAUGCACUAGGCUAUAGUUUUAGUAAUAAUGGUGCUAUUAGAUGUAUAUCGACGAGUGUGGUGUACUAUGACCAGCCGUCGUCCAAAGUUGAAGUCACAGUACAAAAAAUCAAGCAGAAUCAAAAGGAACAAGAACAGCUAAGCGAAACCGUCGCAGCUAGUUCUUCACAAACAGCAGCAGCAGCUAGUGCUACUCCUGCGACGCCAUCUGCACAAAACCAAGUUGUAUCCACUGCACCCAUCAAAAAGACUCUCAAACAGCGGAUAUGGGCAGAAGUUUUACACUACUACCAUGGUUUUCGGUUAUUAUUCAUCGAUAUAAACGUGUGUCGUAGGCUCUUAUGGCGUGUACUUAACGGAACUACACUGACCCGACGAGAACAUCGGCUGUUAGUGCGGACAACUUCGGAUUUGUUCCGGUUAUUGCCAUUUUCCGUAUUUAUUAUCGUGCCCUUUAUGGAGCUGUUACUCCCAGUGGCUAUUAAGCUUUUCCCAGGAAUGCUUCCAUCAACGUUUCAGACGGCCACCGAACGGGAAGAUAAAAUCAAACAAAACCUUAAGGUCAAACUGGAAAUGGCAAAAUUCUUGCAAAAGACUUUGGACGACAUGGCUGUGCAGAGCACUGAGCAUCGGUCACAAGCGGCAAAAGAUUUUAGCGAGUUUUUCGGCAAGGUUCGGGAUUCCGCUGACUUUACGGUAACCAACGAGGACAUCAUCAAAUAUUCCAAACUGUUUGAGGAUGAAAUCACGCUUGACUCUUUGUCGAGACCGCAACUGCAGGCACUCUGUCGGGUGCUGGAAAUGUCUCCAAUUGGUACCUCGAAUUUGCUUCGCUUCCAGUUACGAAUGAAAUUGCGUAGUUUAGCUGCCGAUGAUCGAACCAUUCAAAAAGAAGGCAUAGAAACAUUGAACCUGUCGGAGCUGCAAGCAGCUUGUCGUGCUCGUGGUAUGCGAGCCUACGGUACAACAGAAGAACGACUUCAAACACAGCUUCGCGAGUGGAUCAAUCUUAGUUUGAACGAAAAAGUUCCACCCUCCCUGUUACUACUGUCGCGUGCGCUGAUGUUGCCGGAAAAUGUCACCACCAGCGACAAACUGAAAGCAACCAUUUCAGUUCUUCCCCAUUCCGUUGCUACCGUAACGAAAGCUGCCAUUGGCGAACGGGAAGGCAAGAUUGACAAUAAGACUAAAAUCGAAGUCAUCAAAGAAGAGCAACGGAAGAUCAAAGAAGAACGUGAAGAAGAGAAAGAAAAGCAGAAGGAAAUUGCUGAAACAUUGGUUGACAAGGCACCGACUGUUACUGAUGAAGAUGUUAUUCAUCUCGCGGAGCCUGCAGUACGAGCCAAACCUGUCGUGGAUACUCCAGUGAUUCUGGCUUCGGAAGAGAUCUCCAGCAAAGAUCUAGAGGCACUGGGUGAUGCACUGGGUACGCUCAGUAAGGACAAGAAGACGCUACUGGUUGAGAAGGAAGAAAUCAAGGAUUUGAAGGAAGAAAUUGCCGAUUACCAAGAGGAUGUCCAGGAACUUCGGGAGGUAGUCACGACGGCGCCUGAAGAAAGCAAAGUAAAAGAGUCGCGAGCGGCCAAAUUACUAUUCAAGAAGGUCAACUCUAUGAUCAACAAGAUGGAUACAGUUCUAACGGAUUUGGAACAGAAAGAAAAACAGUUGAAGGAACAAGUCAAUGCCGUUGAGAAAAGUAUACCUGAUGUCGAAAUUCCAGUGUGUGUUGCUACUGAGGAACUGGUUCGAAUCGAUGAGCUGAUGUCGGCCAUCAAAAAGAUCCAACAAGUUCCCGAUGAUUCUAGGCUGGAUCAAAUAGCGAAGAUUCUCGGCAAAAUCGAUGAUGAUCAUGAUGGUCAGAUCAAGGUGGAAGACGUUCUAAAGGUGAUCGAAACAAUUGGCCAAGAGAAUGUUCAAUUAAAUUCGAAGCAACUGGAUGAGCUGAUUGAUCUUCUAGACAAAGAAGAAAUUCUGGAAGCCGAAGACAAAAUCGAAAAAGCGCUCAGUAAGAGCUUGGAAGCGAAGGAGAAACAGAAGGAACAGGAAAGCAAGGAAAAGGAAAAGCUGUUAGAAAUUCAGGACAAAGCCACUGAUUUGUCCUUGGCAGAUAGCCAGUUGAAAACAGAAAGCGAAAAGAAGCUGGACGAAUCAGUUCUCGAUGCUUAUAUUCUUCAAAAGGCGGCUGAAAGGAAAAAUGAUCAAAUGGUCUCUGGUAUUACCACACCAAGUGAUGCAGACUCAAAGUCGCACAUUUCGGGUACUCCCAAUAUUCCAACCAGCAUUGUUCCACCACCUGCAUCGUCGGAUCUACCGAAGCCUACACAGGAUAAGAGAAUAUGAUAUUCUCAGGAUAAUAAUAACGGCGUUGAUUCUAUACCCCCGUCGAUACGAAAGUAAAAUUCAAAAUUUGCCUAAAACGAACGAUUUUAGAUUAAGGCACCAAUUUUGGCACAUCAUUGGUUGCAGAUGUACAGCAGUCAAUGCAUAUUGGCAAACAUUAUAAGAAUCCAAAGUACAGUAACUGAGUAGUAUGUGUUCUACUGUGUUACCAGCAAUCAAGUGAUUGUACAGAUAAUUUAUAAAAAUCUAAAUAAUAAUAAUAAUAA